UAAAUACGGCAAGAACUCUGCAAUCUAGAACCAGUUUCCAGCAAACAAACGUGUUGCCAACGUACUUUUUGUCUAGAAACUUCAAACGCCCACACACCUUUUGCUGUCAAACAAACAGUCAACUACCGACAGACAACGGUCGCAAGUCAGUCAGCUCUCCAAGCAAAUCGAUUGCCAUCUCAAUACCAAAUUACCAAAACCAUCAUGAACUGCAAGCCCUUGAUUUUGUGCACCUUUGUGGCAGUUGCAGUUUGUCUGUUGCAUGUUGGAAAUGCACUGCCCGCCAUAAGUCGUUAUACCCAUAAGAGAUUUGAUUCCAUGGGUGGCAUUGAUUUCAUUCAGGUUUGCCUUAACAACUGCGUCCAGUGCAAGACCAUGCUGGGUGAUUACUUCCAGGGACAGACCUGUGCCCUAUCCUGCCUCAAGUUCAAGGGCAAAGCAAUCCCGGACUGCGAAGAUAUUGCCUCUAUAGCGCCGUUUCUAAAUGCACUCGAGUAGAUCGAGUAAGAAGCGUCUUUAGUGCGGUGUGCGGAGUGUGUGCGGCGAUGUGUGUGCUUUUAUGGCCUGUGAGUCAGGUGUGGAUUUGGGUCAAUGAUGCGAUGCUCAACACGAUGCUCAAGUCUUGGCGAUCUUGGCCGCUGAUGUCGACCACAACGAUGAUGAAAUGACUUUUGCUAAACAACUGACUUCCCAGCGCGAAACCAAAGAGUUCCUAUUAACUUGUAAUUGUGUAGUAAAUAAAUAAAUUCUUAAGAAAA